AUGCAGAGGCCGCUGCAGCUGGAUAUCUGGGAGAAUCUAGAGGAUGUGAGGUUCAUCGCAUUUUGUCUAUUGCGUCUGCUUACGCCCCAACUGACACUAGCUGAAUCUGCCAAGGACAGUUUCUGUGACGCUCUAGGUGCCCUUCGGGCUAAAAGCUCAGAUACCGUUGUGGUUGAUGGUGGUAUGAACGCCCAGGUGGGUAGACUAAGCGCUGCUGAGACCCGAUUGGGUGGUCGUCUUGGUUUGGAUACGAGACGCACGGACAACGGAGACCGCUUACUUCAGAUGUAUGCCAAUCACAGACUGUCCCUCUGCAGUACGAAUUUCCGGAACAGUGGAAAUCGCUUGACAACUUGGUGCCCACCAACAAACCAGAGCCGAAUCCAAGCAGACCACAUCACCGUCGGUUAUCGGUGGCGAGGGUCAACCACCGCCUGGCCCUCCUUCUGGAACACCAGAUUGGACCCCGAAAAUGUACUUGUAUGCUGUUGCUUUUUAUUUCGCUUUUCGGGUACUGAGUGCGUUCGCCUGCUUGCGGAUGUUGCAGCCCUCACCGCGGAGGCCGAGCGUUCGCAGCAGCGUGCCCGCUCUACCGGUCCAUCUGACGCAGAACAGAAGCGGUUCGAAGCCGAAUUGUCUAAACUGGAAAAAACCGUCAAACAGAAGGUCGACCUAGCUUCGAAAAAGCGCAUGGAGGCCGAAUCGCUGAAAGCCCAACUGCUGGAUGUAGGGUCGGCCCGUUUGACCGCGGUUCGCAGUCGUUUAGACGCCAUUGAGAAAAAGACAAAAGAGACCAACGAUCAGUUGACCAAGCUCCAAGUUGGCGUCAAAACAGCUGCGAGGAACUUUGAAAAAUCCAAAUCAAAAGUUGCCAGCAUCGAAGCAGAAUUAGAAGCGGCGAAACAGAAACUCACGGAUGUGGAUGCCAAACUGAAGGAUUUAGAGGAGGAAGCCCGGACCUGCAUGGAUGAGUUCAAAAAGAUCCAAGCAGACGUAAAUGUCUAUUUUUCACUUGGUUUAUGUCCUUUCCAUAUUUCUACCGUUUAUGCAUACAUGGCGACUCUAGUGAAAUCUGUUGUCAGAACCUUUGAUGGGUUAGUUAGUCGACUGAUUGAAAAUAUCCAUUGGU